AUGCAACGCCUCACACGUCGGCUGGUACAGUCCAUCGUUGGCCAUCCGCCUUCUUCGUCUCGGAAACUCUCUCAGGCAGGCAUUAUUCUUGACCCAAACCAGAAGCUAGAAGAGGAAAACCUACGAGGGUACACACCUGAUCAGUUUUACCCUGUGAAGAUUGGUGAUGCUUAUACCUCAAGGUACCAAGUAAUUGGGAAACUUGGCUAUGGUGGCCAUUCCAUGGUCUCGCUUUGUCGAGACCUACAUCAACAGUUUUAUGUUACAUUGAAAAUGUAUGAACAUGACUCGGCUCAUGGGCGAAGAGAAAAAGCAAUAUACAAACACUUAAGAAACGUCAAGUCAAGCCACACAGACUCUUUGCUCGUCCGACGGACCAUCGAUGAGUUUCAAAUCAGCUCUGCGGAUAAUACCCACUCCUAUCAGUGCCUUGUGCAUCCUCCUUUGGCUAUGAGUUUAUGCGAGCUACGUAAUCGGACCAUAGAAAAGCUACUUCCAGAAGACUUACUGAAGCCAACUUUAAUCCAUAUCCUUCUUGCUCUCGACUUCCUUCACACAGAAGCCAAGAUUGUUCACACCGAUAUACAAGAAAAUAAUAUCAUGCUUAGUGUGGAAGAUGAGUCCAUUCUCGUCGCUUUUGAGGAGGCAGAGAAAUCUAGUUCCAGUCCCCGCAAAGUUGUUGGCGAUCGAGUGAUCUAUUCAUCCCGGGAUUUACAGAUUCCGAGGGUGCACGGUCGACCUAUUCUGGCUGACUUUGGGGAGGCUCGCUUUAGCUGGAGUUUAGGGAAGCAAUGGGAGGAUGUCCAACAUUUGGUUUACCGUGCCCCAGAGGUUGUACUGCGUAUGCCGUGGGACUCAAAGAUCGAUAUUUGGAAUGUAGGGGUUCUUGCCUGGGGUCUUUUUCAGAAGAGGCAUCUCUUCUAUGCUCGGGAUUUAAACGGCAGCGUUUCAGACAGUCAUCACCUCGCUGGGAUGAUAGCAGUAAUGGGUGCGCCGCAACAAGAGAUGCUUCAAAAAAGCGAAUAUGCGAACAGUUUUUUCGAUAGAGAUAGUAACUGGAAGGGUAACGCCGAAAUUCCCUCUACAUCUCUGGAAACAUUAGAAGGCAAUUUGCGAGGUACACAGCAAAGAUCAUUUCUCUGCUUCAUGCGGAAGAUGCUUCAAUGGAAACCGGAAGAUCGAGCUUCUGCGAAAGAAUUACUGGAGGAUCCUUGGCUACAGUCAAGUUAG